CGCCGCUCGCGGCUCGGAGCCCGGGGACUCGGGAGCCCGCCGCCGGGGCCGCAGCAUGGGGCGCUUCCGCGGGGGUCUGCGGUGCAUCAAGUAUCUGCUGCUCGGCUUCAACCUGCUCUUCUGGCUGGCUGGGGCAGCAGUUAUUGCUUUUGGACUAUGGUUUCGGUUCGGAGGCACCAUGAAGGAUUUAUCAUCAGAGGACAAGUCCCCAGAGUAUUUCUACAUGGGGCUCUACGUGCUGGUUGGAGCUGGGGCCCUGAUGAUGGCCGUGGGGUUCUUUGGGUGCUGCGGAGCCAUGCGGGAGUCACAGUGUGUGCUCGGAUCAUUUUUCACUUGCCUACUGGUGAUAUUUGCUGCUGAAGUAACCACUGGAGUAUUUGCUUUUAUAGGCAAGGGCGUAGCUAUACGACAUGUUCAGACCAUGUAUGAAGAGGCUUAUAAUGAUUACCUUAAAGACAGGGGAAAGGGAAAUGGGACUCUCAUUACCUUCCACUCAACAUUUCAGUGCUGUGGAAAAGAAAACUCUGAACAGGUCCAACCCACGUGCCCAAAGGAGCUUCAAGGACACAAGAAUUGCAUUGAUGAAAUUGAGACCAUAAUCAGUGUUAACCUCCAGCUCAUUGGAAUUGUCGGUAUUGGAAUUGCAGGUCUCACGAUCUUUGGCAUGAUAUUCAGCAUGGUCCUUUGCUGUGCGAUACGAAACUCACGAGAUGUGAUAUGAAGCUACUUCUACGUGAAAAUUGCAAUCUGCAGCUUUCAUACCAAAUGUCACAGGAGCUGUCUCUCAGCUCAUUUUUAAUAUUCAAAGGACAUUAGGAUCUAAAAUAAUUCGCUGUCAUUUGUACAUUUGCACAUGUAUGUAUGUUUGGCUCAUUACUGGUUUACUCCUUGAGUGAAUGCUUGUGUGUUGACUGAGAGUAUAUUCAUGUGUGAUCUGUGUGUUUCUGGUGUAUGCAUUAUACAUAUUGAAAUCUGUUUGCUGGGAAUUCCUGGUUCUUUUUAUGUAAGAGUAACAACCUAUUUAAGUCUCAGAAAAAUAUUUUUUAAAAGUUUUGAGAAAUGUUUAAAACUUAGCUAUUCAGAAAAAGUGAUAAUAGGUCAGUUUCUCAGACACUAGCCAUUGAAAGUUAGAUACAGAGAAUUCAGGGAUUUCUAGUUAACGGAAGCAAUAAGCUAUAGGAACUGAGAGAUCAUAGACGGAGUGUUAAAAUUGACUAUGUCUGAGUUGAGUGUAAGGGUUUCCUGGGAUUUUUUUAUAUAUACUUGUUCUCCCCAGAAUACAGUAAACCACAGUUUUAGAACUAAACAUAUCUGUAAAACUAAAUAUAGCAUGGAAAAUCUAAUUUGAAUAAGUCAUGCUUCCCUAGUAUUUAAAAACAAAAAACCUCCUUCUGGAAAGAGUAGUCACACAGACAAUCAUGUGCACUAUAAAAGUGUUUAUAGGACUGAAAAAAAAAACUUAAGGAAAUAUUUUUGUUGUCAUACAAAGACCUGUAAAUAUUGCUUUAUUACUUUUCUUUUCUGACUUUGUUCUGAGCUAAUGCAACCCUCACAUCCUCAAAAAGACUUAUCUCAGACUCUUCUGUGUUUCUCCAAAGGACAGAAAGACUAAAGCAAGAGGUCUGGCAGUUGCAAAUUGUGGGAAAGAGAUUUUUUUUUUUUUUUUUUUUUUUUAAAGAUGACCGGUAAGGGGAUCUUAACCCUUGACUUGGUGAUGUCAGCACCAUGCUUACCCAGUGAGCUAACCGGCCGUCCCUAUAUGGGAUCCGAACCCGUGGCCUUGGUGUUAUCAGCACCACACUCUCCUGAGUGAGCCACGGGCCGGCCCAGGAAAGAGAAUUUUUACUGUCAUUGUAUUUUUGAAAUACCUCAUAACUUGGGUUUACAUAUUUUCCUAAUUUUUUGUAUUUUUCCUAUUUAUUCACCUAGACAAAUCUUUUUCAUAGAUUAAGAACUAUAAUUUUCACCACUUAAAUAAAACAAAGUCCUUCAUAAUUCAAAUAUUUUAUGAGCAUACUUGGCCAAACCAAAAUAAACAAAGAAAACCAUCUUCUCCUAGUUGUGUGCAUACAACAGAGAAAACUUAAGGAGACAAAAAUACUUCUAUACACACACACAACACAAAUAUGUUCUUUCUGUGCAAGUCUCCUAUGAAAAUGAAAUUUUCAGGGUCUGUUUUGGUCUUAAUGCUUGAUUUUAAGUAUGUAAACCCAAAUUUAGGUUCUAAAUUGGCAUAUUUGUCAGUAAUUUUUAACAACUUGGUACAUUUAGUGAAUCAUGGAAUUUUUUAAUUGCACUUUAAGAGGCGAUGCAAAAGUGAAAGUAUGAAGGAUUUUGGAAACCCCUGGGUUAACUUUUAUACAUGUGAGAACACAAGUCUAUGGGCGGACAUUAAAGCAAAGUGUUGUGCUCCCAAGAAACUUCUACAAAACAUUUUGCUGAGAAGACAUAACUGCUUGAAAUAGUUCCACUCCCAUAAAGAACCACAUUUCUCUUUCUGCCAUGCUUGCUACUGCUACUAACCUUGGAGGAAACUUUUCUAGAAAAAUGAGUCAGAUUGGAAGCAAGCUAAAAACUUAAUUGUGCAUUGCUACUUUACUGUAUCUGUAGCUAAAGAAAAGAUUAUUUUAAGAAAAUCAAUUCAUGAAAUAGAUGUUUGUGACCCAGUAGUUGAGAAAUGUAACCUUUUAAGUAAAGAAUAGACAGUGCAUCUCUACUAGUGGCUUUAGUUCAUCUGUCUGCCUGAAGACAGGAAAUAGGCCCAAGUGCAUACUCAGGUUCCAGCUCAGAAUCAUCUCUGAUGCUGCAAAAGUGAGUUUUAUUCCCUAUCUGAAUUAGCAAUUUUAAAGAAGACUACAGUAGUUAAAAGUGGAAAAAUAGAAAUAAUUUUUAAAAAUUUUUUAAUUGAAAAAAAAAGCAGAAGAGCAGAGAUCUGUUCCCCAUAUGAUUAAUGUCCCCCUUUUUGGGAUAAGCUUUCCACAAUAUGAGCCAUGAGUAAAAUUGGAGAAUUCUACCACUACACACACACACACACACACACACACACACACACAUACGUACACACAUGCACACAGAUAAAUAGAUAUCUGUGUGUGAAGAGGUAUAUGUAUAUCUAUAUAUAGAUAUAUAUUCCCUACAUAUAUCUUUGAAUCUAUAUAUAUCUUGAGUACAUAUCUUUUAUAUAUACAUAUAUAUGAAUAUGUGUAUACACAUAUACAUGUGUGUGUGUGUGUUUGUGUGUGUGUGUGUGUAUGUACACGCACGUAUACAUAUAUUUUUGGUUAUUUCUCUUUCUCUGAACUAAUUUCAGAUGAGGCCCAAACAUUUUCUUAAGACUCUGCCAAGUCAUUGAAUUAAAAUUUCUUAAUGAUGGGCCGGGCCCCUGGCUCACUCAGGAGAGUGAGACGCUGAUAGCGCCAAGGCCGUGGGUUCAUAUCCUAUAUGGGGAUGGCCAGUGCGCUCACUGGCUGAGUGUGAUGUGGAUGGCACCGAGCCAACGGUUGUGAUCCCCUUACCGGUCAAAAAAAAUUUCUUAAAUGAUGAAAUAUUUUAAGUUAUUUAAAAUUAAAUUUUCUAUGUACUGAAAUUGCUUGUUUGAUUUAUCAUAAAGUCCUAUUAUAUCCUUCUACACACCUUCACACAACUUAUCUAAAUGUCCAACUAUCAAAUAACCCAAACAAUAUGGUAAAAAAUGAAACAGAGUGGUAACCGUUCUAUACUACUGCUAUUGGGAGCUGGGCUUAAAAGCAACACACUAAUGAUUUUCAUUUUGUAUAGCUGUUUUUCAGUUAAUACUUCUCACCUAAAU